AUGGAAACUAAGGAAAAGGCAGUUGAAGGCACGAAAGAAAGCUGCAGAAGGUUUAUUACAACAGACACCUCCAGAUUCGCCUACAUUCGAUUUAAAAUGUACAAGAGUGGAACUCCGCCACCAUCGCCAUCGUCCCGAGAUCGAUCCUCACGAAUUACGCCGCCACCCUGUUUUAGACCUUUACCAGGUCUUCGAAAUACAGUACGCUGUUCUCCACGGUUAACACCACGAUCUGGCAAGGAAAGCCCACGAAAUGCACCUGUGACAAAUAUCACUCCUACAACUACACCGGUCGCUUCGCCUCAAGCCACUCCACCGCUAACGCCAAGAAUACGUUCGUGUGACUCUUCACCAUCUGGGACCCCAAAAAAUAGACGCAAAAAUAAAGUUAAAAGGGACAGGGCACGCGUACAUAGAGAAAACCAAAUACUUAAGCAAAAUAUUAAAAAGUUGAAACAAAAAUAUGACAAGUACAAAAAAAGGUUUGAAAGAGAAAAGAAAAAGAAGGCUCUUGACACUGAGAAAAAUGAAGACUUACGGUACAAGGUCCUGAGUGGAGCUAUUAAGAAGACAUUUAAACAAACAAAAUCGAGGAAAGAACGAGAGGUGAUUAAGAAAAUUUUUUCAACUGUGGAAGUCAUAGACUCACGAAUGAAGAAAAAGAUGCUUAUGAAUAAUUUAGGAAUUGACAAAAUAGUAAAAAGGAAAUUCUGCAUUGAGAAUGAAAUUGUGUUAAAGAGACGAAUUAAAGAUUUUUAUUUGAGAGAUGAUGUUUCACGAGCUACAGCCGGCAAAAAAGAAACUGUCACAAAAGCACAGAAUAUAAGCGGUACUAUCACAUGGCCAGAAUGGAUAAGAAAAGAAGAUAGUUACAAGAAAGACGAAAAAUUAUUAAAAACUAUAAAAAAUGUUAAAGAAUAUAAAAAUGAGGAGGCUGAAGCAUUUGUCAAAAUAUUCGAGAAUGAUCUUAAGGCGUUUAAAAUACAUGUAUUUAAUAUUAAGACACAAUUUCAAAGUUUCCGCCACUGUCUUGAUAAUAUACGUCCAUAUGAAUGCAUUUUGGUCGCCGAUUUCAGUGAAAAUUACAACUGCAAACAUAGCCAAGAAGUACAAUCCCACCAUUUUGGAGGGUCGCGUAAACAAAUUUCUCUUCAUACUGUUGUAGUGUAUACAUUUAACAAAAACUCUGCAAAAGGUUAUGAAGUUAAUUCAUUUUGUACUAUUUCCGAAUCCAACAACCAUCAGCCUGCAGCGAUUUGGUGCCACUUAGAUCCAAUUUUGAAAAGUAUAAGGUCUAAUUUUGCAGAUAUCAACACAGUCCAUUUCUACUCGGAUGGCCCAAGCACCCAAUACCGGCAAAAGCAAAAUUUUUAUUUAAUGUGUACAAGGUUUUUUGAUUACGGGUUUGUUAAUAUGACAUGGUCAUUUUUUGAAGCUGGCCACGGAAAAGGGCCAGCUGAUGGAAUAGGAGGAUUUCUCAAAAGAACGGCGGACAAAAUCGUAGCUAAUGUUCUUUUUGAUGCAAAUAAGAAUGAACUUCUCCCAGACCUGACUAAUGAAGAUGCUCUGCCAGAAGAUUUAGAAGCACACAUGAUUGAUGUCAUGGCUUCUGAUACUUUGACUUUAGAUUUGGAAAUUAUAUCUGAUGACGACACACCAUUAGCAUCUUUAAAAAUUACCAAACAGUUACAGGAAUUGACCAAUAGACGCCAAAAUAUAUACAGUAAAAUUUAUAAUUCUGAAUCAGAUAAAAGCUAUUCAUCUGAUAAAGAACCUAGUGCCAGCUAUGACAUUAAUGCAAAGAUAGGACGCGGUGACUUUCUAUUAGUUAAAUUGUAUGUAGAUGCAUCUAAAAAUAAAUCCUACACCUAUGCUUGCAAAACAUUAACAGAAAUUGAGGACGACGGAGAAAUACAAGUAAUGUUUUUACGAGUGGUAGAUGAAAACGCCAAACGUUUUCGUUUGGAUAAAAAGGAUAUUUCAUACGUUAAUCAUGAAAAUAUUGUCAAAAAAUUACCUGUACCUGCACUUGUUAAGAAAGUAGCCAUUGGUUGUAUUCAUUCUGGUCUUAACGAACAUUCAGGUGCUUCUAGUUAUUCCUCCAAGUGUGAUCCUGUACAGUGCAAUCUACAACCAUUUACUAAAAUGAAUCCUGGAAAAGCAAAUGCAGACGACUUAUUUCCCUCUGAAGGAGAAAUCACUGAUGACACUUCGAAGAAAGCGAUCAAGCGAAAGUCAUCAGCUUCUGCUAGCACACCCAGAGCUGGUUCAUCGAAGAAGCCCAACUUCAAGCCGAUCCCCGAAAAGAAGAAUACCUGUACGGCUAGGGAGCUUUUCGGGACAGAUAGUGAAGAUGAUGAUAAUACAGAGCUACUGAGCGGUAAAAACGCACCAAUAGUUUCUUAUAUAUCCAGACGCCUAGCGAAUGGUCAAUCACGGCAGGCUUAUGAUAGAAAACCAGGCAAUUAUUUUAUUGACUUAAAAGUGUACCGAUGUGAGGAUAUAGAACGAAUUCAACCUGUAAACAGGUGGCGUCAGGCUAUCAUUACAGUGAAGAAUCGCACCAACGAUGACUCGGAAGCCUGGCUCAUCUAUCAAAUUUCUUAA